CUCCCGGGCGCGCAUCCCGAUUCCUUGCUCUAACUCACCUCCCGAGUCAACCUCUCUUUUUCCCCCUUAACCCUCUCCUCUCCUAUCCUUCUCCUCCAUCACAUUGCAGUCAUGCAGGCCUUCUGCCGUAACACCAUCUCGGCUGCUCGCAGCGUCGCUGGCCAGCAGCGCCGGUCGUAUGCCAACGCCAGCUCUGCCUAUGCCAGCACCGUGAACAACCUGAAGAUCAACAAGGACACCCGAGUCCUCUUCCAGGGUUUCACCGGAAAGCAGGGAACCUUCCACGCCGAGCAGGCCAUCGCCUACGGCACCAACGUCGUUGGUGGUACCAACCCCAAGAAGGCCGGAUCUCUUCACCUUGACCUUCCCGUCUUCGCCAAUGUCUCCGAUGCCGUGAAGGAGACCGGCGCUACCGCUACCGCCAUUUUCGUCCCCCCUCCUCUGGCCGCCGCCGGUAUUGAGGAGGCCAUCGCUGCCGAGAUCCCCCUCGCUGUCUGCAUUACUGAGGGUAUUCCCCAGCACGACAUGGUCCGCAUUACCGAUAUCCUGAAGACCCAGAACAAGACCCGUCUGGUCGGCCCCAACUGUCCCGGUAUCAUCGCUCCCGGACAAUGCAAGAUCGGUAUCAUGCCCGGCUUCAUCCACAAGCGCGGCCGUGUCGGUAUCGUCUCCCGUUCCGGUACCCUCACCUACGAGGCUGUCAACCAGACCACCCAGGCCGGCCUUGGUCAGUCUCUCGUUGUCGGUAUCGGUGGUGACCCCUUCUCCGGUACCAACUUCAUCGACUGCUUGAAGAUCUUCCUUGAGGACCCCGAGACCGACGGUAUCAUCAUGAUCGGUGAGAUUGGUGGUUCCGCCGAGGAGGACGCCGCCGAGUUCUUCAAGGCCAACAACAUCCACAACAAGCCCGCUGUUUCCUUCAUCGCCGGUAUUUCCGCUCCCCCCGGCCGCCGCAUGGGUCACGCCGGUGCCAUCGUCAGCGGUGGUAAGGGUGGUGCCGACUCCAAGAUCUCCGCUCUCGAGGAUGCUGGUGUCAUCGUCGAGCGCAGCCCUGCCUCCCUUGGAAAGGCUCUGCUUGCUGAGUUCGUCAAGCGCGACCUCGUCUAAAUGGGUCCAUACUUGUGACGUGUAAUGCUCUUUGGUGUCCUGGUUGAGAAGGCUGGGAAUCUGAGGUAUAUCCAUCUAUGAUGGCAUUUGGCGGUGUAUACCAUGCCGCGACUGUAUUCUUUUCUCCUUUGUGUGUUAGAGACCCUUGAAGAGUAAUUAGUUUCUUGUACUUUUUACUUAUGACUGUGCAUUUGUAAUUGGUAUUUAACUGCAUUUUCCCUCUUGAUCAA